AUGGCCGGUUUGAAAGACGUUGUUACUCGUGAAUACACCAUCAACAUGCACAAGAGGUUGCAUGGUGUUUCCUUCAAGAAGAGAGCUCCAAGAGCCGUGAAGGAAAUCAAGAAGUUCGCCAAGUUGCACAUGGGUACCGAGGAGGUUCGUUUGGACCCAAGAUUGAACCAAGAGAUCUGGAAGAGAGGUGUCCAAGGUGUCCAAUACAGACUAAGAUUGAGAAUCUCCAGAAAGAGAAACGAAGAGGAAAACGCCAAGUUCCCAUUGUUCUCUUACGUCGAGCCAGUUGCCGUCGCCUCCGCCAAGGGUUUGCACACCGUUGUUGUUGAAGAAGAUGAAGCUUAA